AUGGGCGUUAUUAGGAUCCUUAGACGGUCCUUUUUAUUAUUGCUGUUAUUAAGUGAAUCGAUAGGAAGUAAAAAAUAUUCCCCCAGUUCCAAUGGAGAUCAAAAAUUAAAUGAAUGUAAGCGCUGUAAGAUAUUAACAGAAUCUUUUAAUCACUGGCUUGACAAGACUUCUAGAGGUAAAUACGAAGGAGGCGAUGCGGCUUGGGAGGAAGCAAAAUUAAAAUCAUAUUCACGCAGUGAAGUUCGCUUAGUGGAAAUACAAGAAGGUCUAUGUUCAGAACUGAAAAUACAUCAAGAUGCAUGCUAUGCUGUCGCAGAAGAAUCAGAACAAGUAUUGGAGAAAUGGUGGUUUGAUGAAAAUUCAGUUUCUUUAGAUUUAUACACAUGGCUCUGUAUUGAAACCCUUCAACAAUGUUGUCCCAAUAAUCAUUACGGUCUGGAUUGCUCUCCAUGUCCUCAGGAUAAAAAUAAUAAAAUUUGUGCAGGUCAUGGGAAAUGUGAUGGAGCUGGAACUCGGAAAGGCAAUGGUACCUGCAUUUGUAAAAACGGGUAUAUAGGAGUGAUAUGUGAUGAAUGCGCUACUGGAUUUUACCAAACAAGUGAUAGUACUUGCAAAGUUUGUCACAAAGCCUGCAAUGGAUGCAGUGGUGAUGGUGCUCAUGCUUGUGAAGCAUGCAACGCAGGCUGGGUCCUGCAGGCCGGUGUGUGUGUGGAUGUGGAUGAGUGCACAUCCUCUGUGUGUGAACUCCAUCAAUAUUGUAGAAAUGGAGAAGGUUCUUACAAUUGUUAUGAAUGUGAUACUUCUUGCAACACUUGUGCUGGUGAAGGGUCCUCUAACUGUACUACAUGUGACCCUUCCAAAGUGCUAUGGUUUGGCAUGUGCAUAGACAAUGAACUGAAACAAAAUAUUUUAGCAACUACUUAUCUGCGAGUUGCAUUGUACAUUAGUUUAAUAAUCAUAAAUUUGUUUAUAUCUCGUCGUGGCCCUAUAUCAGUAGCCUCAAUUGUAAUAUUAGCUGUUGCAGUAUUUAUCUAUAUUUCUGAGAGAAAUUUGAAUAUUAGUACAAUGGAUAUAUUAUGGCAGACAGGAAAGUAG